AUGUGUGGGCGCACGCCGGAGGAGGUAACAAAGGCCAAAGAGGUCUGGGGACAGUACACCGAGACUGGUGAGCCUUCGGGGUCCUGCUGCCGUGUUGACAAGGAGACGAUCGAGGAAGGCUGGCCGGGUCUUCCAUUGGAGAAUGCAUCGCAACUUUGGCACUCGAAGGAACAGAAAUCGAAGCCCUUCCGAACUGAAUAUGCGACGGCGCGGAGAAUCAAGAAGGACUCCGGCAUCUUGAAGAGGAGGUUUAACCCUUCCAGCACCGUGCAGACAGGCAAGAUUCGGUUCCGUAUGGUGUAUCACGACAUCGGAUUUCUGACGGACUCUGAGCUUCAGAGUGUGGUGGGCGCAUCAAGCUCAAGCUUGAAGCUCAAAACUCACAGGGGGAAAGAACAGGUGGAGGACCGAGGCGAGAGCGUCCAAGGUGUGUAUGUCAGCCUCAGGGAUCUGCCGGAGGGUUUGCUCGGAUGGAUCCGCAAGGUCCGGAGUGGGUUCUUGGUCCAAGUCGAGGCCCAGGACCAACGACUCACCCCAGAUCAUCAAAUCCGAGCUGGCCAAGGGCAGGUGCUGUUCGAUCAUUUUUCCGAGCUCCUCCUGAACUCUUCCGAGACCGCAAGCAGGUCCAAGCACCGCCCGUCACUCCCGAAGAUUCCGUCGCUCAUCGAGCAGCUGACCAGUCAGCAGGAGGAGAGGGACGCAGCGGAGAAUGCGGCGGAGGAGGACUUGGACGAAGACCAAGAGAGGGGCGAGGAAGAGGAGAACUUCGUGCCGGACCCCUGCAUCGAAGACGACUUGCCCAAGAACGACCAGCAGUCCGUGAUCUCCUCCCAGUUGAGGGUGCAGCCAGACUUGCUGGCAGGUGCUGCAAGCUCAGUGGGCGGAAGCUUUGAGCAGCCGGCAAAAGCGAGGCAGACAUCCAGCAAGGGCCGGAGAAAGAAGGAAGCUUUUGUGGACGACGAGGCCAGUGCAGAAGCGGAGGAGGCCGCCCAGGUUGACGACGCCGACCUUGCAAACAUGCCUCAAUGGAUGAAAGAUGAUAAUGACAUGUCCAAGAUUGUGAAGAAGUUGGGCAAGAUCUACAAAUGUUUUCAUUAUCUCGACCCACGUAGCGCAUUCGAGAACCGACUGGCCCUGGGACACCAGUUGCGAGGCGCUGCUCGGUCAGCGGAUCAUCGUGCCAUCAUGACGUCCCGCAGCCGCUAG